AGCAAAGAGAAGAAGAAAGUGAACUGCAAGCCCAAGAACCAGGAUGAACAGGAGAUCCCUUUCCGUCUCCGGGAGAUUAUGAGGAGCCGCCAGGAGAUGAAAAACCCGAUCAGUAACAAGAAGAGGAAGAAAGCAGCCCAGGUGACCUUCAGAAAGACAUUGGAGAAGGAGGCAAAGGGAGUGGAGCCCGACAUUGCCGUCCCCAAGUUCAAACAGAGGAAGGGGGAGUCCGAUGGGGCCUAUAUGCAGCGCAUGCAUCAAGAGGCCCAGCACGUGCUGUUCCUCAGCAAGAACCAGGUCCCCCGGCAGCCAGAGGUACAGGCGGCUCCCACGGAGAGGUCUGAGCAGAAAAAAGCAAAAAAAGCGUUCCAGAGGCGGCGACUAGAUAAAGUCCAACGGAAAAAGGAGGAAAAGGCGGCCGACAGGCUGGAGCAGGAGUUGCUCCGAGACACGGUGACGUUUGGAGAGGUUGUCCUGCAGCCCCCAGAGCUGACUGUCAGGCCCCGGAGGAGCGUAAGCAAGGACCAGCCUGGCAGGAGAUCGCAGAUGCUGAGGAUGCUUCUGAGCCCCAGCGCUGUGUCCCAGCCCCUGACCGCCUCCUUGGCUCGCCAGCGGAUUGUGGGGGAGGAAAGAGAGCGGGCCAUGCAGGCCUACAGGGUGUUGAAGCAGCGGCGGCGGCUGCUGCACGGGGAGCGACCCCACCUCACUUCCCGGAAGAAGCCAGAGCCGCAGCCAUGAUGGAGAGACACCCGGGGCCUGGCCAUGCUCCUGGGAAACUGGCACCAGGAGCUGCCACACCUGGGUAGGGGAGAGGCAGGCCAUGCCAGCAGUGUGGGGUGGGGCCUCCAGCUACUUGUUUACACGUUAGGCACUAGCGGGUCCACAUCUUGCAAGGGGUGAGUGUCCGAUGGACUAGGGCCAAGGCCUGGUUGACAGACGGCCCGUGGGGCCCGGUGUCACUCACAGCGCCAUGUCUUUGUUUUGAACGUCCAUUCUGAGUCUCAGCCCAGGUGCACCUUAGGAAGGGGUGAGUCCCUGUCCCUGAACACCAACUAGUGAGACAGCUGAUAAGGCUGGCUCGGUGUGUGACGGAGGCCCUGGGAGUCAGCAGAGCCGAGCGCACAGUGCACAUCAGGCAGAGCAGGCCACGGGCAGGGAAGACGCUUCGGGGCAGGGCCACUGGGCACAUCUGGACCACC